AUGUUUUCAAUACCACAAGAGAUCAAAACACAAACUUCUUAUGUCAGUAAUCGCUUAAUAUCUUUAGGAUUCUUGGAUCUCGAUGAUUCAAUUGCCUUAUCUUCCCACUUGUUGCGCAAUAUUUCUCAAUCAAGUAAGCCCACUAAAAAUCAAACAGCCUUAACACCAACAGGCCGUAAUAAAAAAAAUCCGCCUCUCAACAGCUCCACCCCCCGUUCCAAAACAACCACAUCACCAGUAAACUCUACAGAUGCCGUAUCUCCUGUAAUAAUAACACAACCAGCAGCAACGGUGGAUACAGCAGCCUCCAAUGAUCUCAAAGUCCUAAACAUUAUAAGCUCACUUUUGUCAGCAAUCGAGUCUGACAAACAAACUCGUAAUACUUUGCUGCAAAAGGUCGAGAGCGCACGCAAAGAACAUGAAAUAAUGGAAGCCAAUCUGAAACACAUUGAAGCUAAAAACGAAGGACUACAAAGGCAACUGGAUUCUAUCAGCAAACUAAAUAGCAUCUUAGAGUCUGAUUUAAGAUCAUUAAACCUCCAAAACAAAUCCACACAGGAUGACUUAAUUAAGACAGUCAACCUGUAUGAAAAAGCUAAGCGAGACUUUCAGGUAGAGCUCAGGAGGCGAGAUGUUGAAGUAUCAAAGUUAAAACAACGGCUCCAAGAACCAUUUGCCCGGAAACUUGCCACUCCGGCCAUACGAUCAAAUGUUACCAUUUCCGUCCCUAUAUUUUCGACUCAUGAAGACCACAAAUCCGCCAUCGAUUUUGAAUCAUUAUCCCCACUACCACCAGACACAGUUCGUUUCCAAAAAUCAUCUGGAUCAUUUUCUCGAUUUAUAAACAAUCCGAAUUCCUUAUCUCAUAAUAACGAAAAUUCCUCUGAUUUAAAGGGAAUUAUAUCGCUAUCGCAUAUGACACCAAUCACAAAGAAAUGGCAAGAUAUUUUGGUAAAAAUAGUAAAAGACUUGGCUCGUGACAAUUCACUGCUAUAUGCAGCCAUUUACAAAAUUCAGGGUCUAAUAAAUCAAUCUAUCACUGAAAAUAAAGACUCGAGUCCAUUGCGUAUACCUUCUUUGGAGGACGGCGAUCACAUAAUGAGUGAUUUGCAUGUCAUUUCAUCUGGGAUAAAAAGCCCUGGUUACUCUCAGUCACUUAGCUCUUAUCUCUCUCAAUUAUCUCCUGAGGAAUUAAAUGACCUCGAAUCUUUUGGCUAUGAUCUACGAACCAUAAUACCAAACCAACCUCUCGAUACCCUCAAUUCACCAAACUUUGUUCAUACAACUAACAAUUCGAACCAUCUAUUCCAAUCUACCACAUCUCAAAAUGGCCAAAAAAUACCCCAAGUUGUCCAACUUCCUUUGUCUAUUGACACUCUUUACUCUAAUCUGGAACAUUCGCUUGAAUCACUUUUCGAAGCAUUACAUAAUCCAAACUUAGUUCCUAUCGAAGAUCUUCACGCAAAAGAUCACGAAAUAGAUUCUCUUAAGGAACAAGUACAAAAAAUUACGGGUCAUUGGGAAAGAGCAAUCAGUACCAUGGACCAAUGGAAAUCGUAUCGUGAGGAACGGCAUCAACGUCUGACACAGAACCAACAAAGCUAG